UGUCUUAAUCAAUUUUCAGGUUUCUAUCAGCUGGAGACGCCAUCUAACGGCGCAUUGUUGAACCCGCUUUGACAUGUGACAAGCAGCUGUUCAAUCCCCGUACGUCAAACACCAGACGCUCCCGGUUUCAAAUUUUGAAAAACCAUUAAUAUGAAUUUUUCCAAGUGAAACACGUAAAUAAAUAAAAACUUUCAACAUUAUACAGGAAAAUGUCUUUGCCCUUAUCGAGCCUACGUAGGGCUCAACGGUACUGCACAGUUCUAAAGCCCUCGCAUAGGCUUAAGUCGUCCAGGGCGGCCCCCCGAUCAAUAACAUUAGAAAAAUCCUUAGAAGAGCCUGUAAUAGUAUUAAACCCAGACACUCAUGUUGACUUAAUAGGCCCCCCCGAUUCCCAGUCAAACUUAAGGCCGAUUAUUAGGAAAAUACUUGAUAACGAGACGGUUUUGCAGCAAAGGUUCCGGGAGACAGCCGAUAAGACCCAAAAAUGGAACCACGAGUUCUGGGCUUUGCAUAACAGCAACUUUAAAAAGGAGAAAGCCGCAUAUAUUAAGCAACACACGUCCGAUAGUAAGCCGCAACUGAACAUGGACGAAAUGAGUGAGUUUUAUAAGGGUUUUCUCGACAAGUACUGGAGGACCCAUUUAAGUUAUAAUUUCGAGUGGUAUUCUAAGAAUUUUACUUUGCUGGCUUUGGCCUUUAGGGUGGAAGUCGAAAGGCUCCGCCACAAGUAUUUGUUUUACCCUUUGAGGGCCGUCAAGUGGGCGAAAUAGUUUGAUUUAAUGAAUGUUGUUGUUACCGUUCAGAUGUGUUAUAAAUUAUUUAUUUUC